AAUUCACUGCAUGCCAGUGCGGCCGGGGAACCACGUGCACGUGCAUGUUGCCGCCUAUGACUUAUCUCAAUCCUCAGUUUGAGUUUCGUUAAACUACCAGACAUUGGUGGAUAAAAAAACUAUUGAGAAAUCAGUGAAAAGCUAGUGGUGAUAUUUUAAUCUGAAAAUAUUUCGUUGAUGCGAGUGCAUUGUUUUUAUCGUGGAUGCAGGUAUUGACAGAUAUUGAUCAGACAAAUAACAUGUGAGUUGUCUCGUUCUGUUUUGUGAAUUGUUUCUGGAGACUGACGAAAAUUAGAAAAAACAUCUCGUGCAAUUCCGGGAAGAUUUUGUUGAAGUUUUGACAUUUUAAUAUACCUCAGAAAAGAUGAGUCAAUUGCAUGAAAAUUGACGGAGCCCAUCGUACGUAAAAGACUGACAAGUAAAUACAACACCGGACUAUUAUUCGUUCUAUUACGAUGGAGUUCUAUGACGUGGGAAGCAGCGAUCUGCGGGAAUUAUGGGAAUCAUAUCUGGUCGAGCCGAUGGCGAGCCACGAGAUUUUAUCGAUGACUAAAGAGGAUGACUGGACUAAUGUACUGAGUUCAAGAGAAAAAUCUUUAGGUGUUGUCCUACGAGACAGACUAAUGACUGAUGCAGCCCUAGGGGGAUUCAGGCCGAUAAAGUCUGAUCACAGCUAUAGUCUUCUGACCAACAGUCCUCCUGCCACUCCUGUACAACCAGGAAGCCCUUUCCACAUUUCGAAUUCUGACGCUACGCUAAUUCACAAUAAUAGCCGACAUCAUGGAGUCAUCCACGAAGGCCACAAAGUCAUUACUCUUCGAGCUAGAAUGGAUGAUAUGGAGGACGAGUGUUAUCCAGCAAUUUCACUAGACAAGGCUUCAGGACGCGGCAUAUCACCGGCUUCAGAAACCUUACCUGUAGAUCUAUUGGGGCGAACAAGUGAAACGUUAAAUAAACGUCAUAAAAUUGCAAAUCCCGUGUGCUUGGAAAUCAAGGAUGAAGUGAUCAGUGCACCAAAUAGUCCCUCAGAGUCCUACGUACCGUCUCAUUUUAGUGACAAAAAGACUACUAUUGCAAUAGUAUCGCCACACCAAUUGCCCCUCAGUAGAUGUUCUACGACCCAGACGAGUGAUAGUGAGGAUGACGAUGAAGAAUUUUAUGAGAGCAUGAACUUCGAGUUUGCACCCGACCGUCUUGUGAAGAGUGGUAACUAUCGCGUAGAAUGUCAAAUUCUGCCGCCUACACCGCCAAGCAGCGCCAGUUCAGACAGCGAAGGCACCGGUUCAGCAUCCUGUUCCUCGGAACAUUCGGAAUUUCAGAGAUCUUCAGGAGAACACCACCGCAAUUUCUCGGAACCGCGGUUAUGUGUCAAUGCUGGCCACUCUAUAAGACAACCUAUCCACACGUCCCUGAUUUCUUGUCAACCAAAAGAUUCAACUGGAAAUCUCACACUAACCGAUGAAGAAAAGCGAACCCUUGUCGCCGAAGGUUAUCCCGUACCUACUAAACUACCUCUCACCAAACAGGAAGAAAAAUCGUUAAAGAAGGUCCGAAGGAAAAUUAAAAAUAAAAUAUCAGCUCAGGAGUCGAGAAGAAAAAAAAAGGAGUACAUGGAUGGUCUCGAGAGCAGAGUGACCGUAUUAAUGAGCAAAAAUUCGUCGUAUAGGGAUCGUCUGACGUCCCUCGAAAAAGCUAAUCGCCAAUUACUAAAGGAACUCGAACGUCUCCGAACGCUUUUGGAGAGCCGGUCUUCGUAGUUUUCAUUAUUUUUCCACAUUUUCCUUCCCUCGGAAAAUUUAAAUAAAUGAUACGUUUCACUCCCUUGGGUUGAUGCAAUAUUUCCCCCCACUGGCAGAAUCUAUGUUGCAUUGGUACGAUUGUUAUUAAUAGAGAAAAUAUAUGUCAUACUUAUUAAUAGAUUAUUAUUAUUAAGCAAUG